CCAAACUGAAACUCCUCUUCAUCUGUGAUCCUCAAUAGAUAAGUUUUCCAUCAUAGAACAUAAUACCGUCUAUAUAUCUUCGGCCCUGACUCAGAUGGAAAGGUUCAUGUUUCCUCCAGACGAACUCAAUUUAAAAAAAGUUAUGGAUGAACUUAACUCUUUCAACAGAAGUGACGAGAGUUACGAACUCGAAGGUCAGGGAGACUUCGACAGUAAUUUCCACUCUCUCCCUGAUUAUGGGUUCUCCAACUUCAUGGAGGAAGACUAUCAGCAAUCACCGGACUCUGAUCACGGCCUCCUCAACAAUCUACGGCUCGAUAUGGCGUCUCCACCGAUCCACACCUGUCUGGAAGAGAUUGCCAAGUUGGAAAGAAUAACAAAUGAAGAUCUUAAAAGAGGCAAGCAUAAAAAUCCGCCUUCUUUAGCUUCACUUGAGCUCCUGAAGAGUCAUGGGACUGGGUUUAAGAAGUUGACCGGGGAAAGAAUUAUCGAGGCGACCUGCCCUGUACAAAUAAGACCUGAUAGAGUGAGGUUGUCAGUGAUCGAGAUCAUGAGGAUUGCAGGGGUGAAGUUAGUCCAUUCUGCUUCCAAAAUGAAUGAGGAUAAUCCCUCUGACAUCCCAGGUCAUCGUUACGGCCAUCACUGCUCGGACCUCACCGGCAUAGAGGUUAAGAAUGUCCAUCUCGCGGAGAACCUUAUGAAUGCUGUAGAGAAAGUGAGCAAUGAGCAGUUCGAGAAUGCAAGUUCCUUGCUUGAUGAGAUCGAUCAGUUGUGCUCCUAUACGGGGGAACCAGUGGAACGAAUAGUCUACUAUUUCUCGGAGGCUUUACGGGAGAAGAUCGAUCGGGAGACCGGUCAGACCUCGGACAAGGGACUAGGGAAGAAGCUGACCAUUGAUCUGGACAAGGUGAUCAUGGGCCCGACAUCUCAGAUGCUGGCUUGCCACCGGCGAAUCCCAUUCUCUCAGAUUCUCCAAUUCUCAGGCGUACAGGUCAUCAUAGAUCACGUCAUGGACGCGAGGAGGGUCCACAUCAUCGACUUAGGCAUACGGAAUGGGUGCCACUGGACCGUGCUCAUGCAGGCCCUCGCCUCGAGAAGGCAUGAGCCUCCACUGGAGCUUGUCAAGAUAACGGCGAUCACAACUUGUUUGGAGAAAGACAUUGCAGAGACUGGAAAAAGGUUGGAGAGCUUUGCCAAGACCUUAGACUUGCCAUUUUCAUACAAGGUAAUAAUGUUAUUGGACAUGCUCGAUCUCAAAGAGGACGUAUUUGAUCUUGGCGAGGAGGAAAAGGAAUCUGUGGUAGUCUAUGCCGAUUUCCUGCUGAAGACGAUGAUUUCCAAACCAGACCGGCUCGAGUGGUUGAUGAAGGUUUUAAAGAGCAUCAACCCUUGUGUGGUUGUGAUCAAUGAGGUCGAGUCAAACCACAAUUCUCCUAACUUUGUUAACCGUUUCGUGGAGUCACUGUUUUAUUACAGCGCCUACUUUGACAGCCUUGAUGAGUGCAUGGAAGAUGGGGAUGAUGGUCAGAACCGGAGGAUGACCGAGUCGGACCUGUUUGGGCAGGCAAUCAGGAGAAUUCUGGCAGCUGAGGGAGAGGAGAGAAACAUCCGGCACGUGAAGAUUGCUGUGUGGAGGGCCUUCUUCACCCGGUUUGGGAUGGAGGAGGUGGAUCUUGGGAUGGCCUCGCUGUACCAGGCUGAGCUGGUCGUCAGGAGGUUCCCAUGCAGGAGUUCGUGCACGCUUGAUUUGGAUGGGAAAAGCCUCAUUAUCAGGUGGAAGGGAAUCCCUAUUCACUCUCUUUCAGCAUGGAAGUUCCAACAGCCAGAGGAAGAGAAGUAUGAUGACUCUCAUCUAUAGUUUGGAGAUGGUUCCUUUACUCGGUCUUCGUUUGCACGGACUAGUGUCCAUCUUCUUAUCCCGGGUUUCUUCUCAUAUUUGCAUCCUCCAAUUAUAAUGACAUGGCAUGUAUCAUGUAUGUGGUUCCUUCAUCUUCAGCGUAAGGUUUCAUUAUGUGCAGGACAUGAGAAAUUAAA